AUGACAGAUAGAGAACUGCUUCGCGUCCUCGAGUCGUGCGUCCGAUUCGGAAGAGCUUGCCUUAUCGAGAACAUCGGACUCGAGUUGGAAGCUGGUUUAGACCCUAUCCUCCUGAGAUCGUUAUUCGAGCAUGGUGGCCAAUGGUGCGUUAAGAUUGGGGAGAACAUCGUCCCCUACAAUUCAGAUUUUCGGCUUUUCCUCACCACGAGACUUUCGAAUCCUCACUACACGCCGGAAGUGUGCGUGAAAAUAUUGCUGGUGAAUUUCGCGCUCACCGCCACAGGCUUCGAGGACCAGAUGCUGUCGUUGGUUGCCAUUCAGGAACGACCCGACCUUGAACAAGCGCGAAACGCUUUAAUCAUAUUGAACGCCGAAAUGAGAAGAGAACUGAAGGAAAUAGAAGAUAGAAUUCUAUAUCGACUAUCAGUGUCUGAAGGUUCUGCUGUUGACGACAUGGAUCUUAUCCUCACCUUGGAGGCGUCCAAACUGAAAAGCGAAGAGAUCAAGGUGAAAAUGAAAGAAGCUGAAAUUACCCAAGCGGACAUCGACAUAACCAGGUCGCUGUACAUACCGGUCGCGAUUCGCGCUCGUAUCCUGUUCUUUUGUCUCUCCGACCUGCAAUUCAUCGACACGAUGUAUCAAUACUCGCUCGAGUGGUUCGUCGAGAUCUUCAACAACAGCAUACUCGCGACGGAAAAAAGCGGUUAG